AAUGAGUGUCACUGUUUCCAGCUGUCUGGCAUCCUUCUGCGAGUGUUACAGUUUGUAAAUCAGAACAGAAGGGCUUCUGUGGAAACCUGGAACAUGACAGACAGCGGGACACCUGGGGAUUUCCCCGUCCAAUCUCUCUGGACAACCUAACUUGAAGCCUUGCCGUUGCUUUGAAGAGUGAAUCAGCUACGCACAUGCGUGGACCGGACCAGAGGUCUGCAAUCCAGGAGCCAGGGAGGGCCUCUCCUGGCAAGAAGACCUUCCCUCGGAGAACCAGCCGUGCUCGCUGGCCGGCAGCCCCGAGGGCACCCCCAUUCAGGAAAUAAAAAGAGAGAACAUGUUACAUCGGGAACCCUGUCGCUUGUCUUUCAGGAGCUGGCUGGCUGUGACAGUCGGUGUGCUCCUGGGUUGGAAGCCCUCGGCUUGCAGCGACUUACCCGGCUCCCGUCCCAACAUCCUUCUUCUGAUGGCGGACGAUCUUGGCGUUGGAGACGUCGGUUGCUACGGCAACACCACCAUCAGGACUCCAAAUAUCGACCGCCUCGCAAAGGAUGGUGUGAUGCUCACCCAGCACAUCGCUGCGGCGUCCGUGUGCACCCCAAGCAGAGCUGCCUUCCUAACAGGCAGAUACCCUGUCCGAUCAGGUAUGGUUUCCAGUAAUGGCUAUCGUGUUCUUCAGUGGACCGCAGCAUCCGGAGGCCUUCCGACAAAUGAGACAACUUUUGCAAAAAUAUUGAAAGACACAGGUUAUGCCACUGGACUGAUAGGAAAAUGGCAUCUGGGUCUCAACUGCCAAUCCUCCAACGACCACUGCCACCACCCACUCAACCAUGGAUUUGACCAUUUCUACGGAAUGCCCUUCUCCAUGAUGGGAGAUUGUGUCCACUGGGAACUAUCAGAGAAGCGCGUGGGCCUGGAGAACAAACUCAACUUCUGCUCCCAAAUCAUGGCCAUCGCUGCCCUCACAUUCACCACCGGAAAACUCAUCCACCUGAUGGCAGGCUCCUGGGCACUGGUCAUCUGGUCAACCGUCGCCGCCAUCUUGCUCUCCGUGAGCUCAUAUUUCACGGGGGCCCUGAUUGUGCACGCCGACUGCUUUCUGAUGAGGAAUCACACCAUCACCGAGCAGCCCAUGCACUUUCAAAGAACAACAUCUCUUAUCCUGAAGGAGAUCUCCUCCUUUGUCAAAAGAAACAAGCAAGGACCGUUCCUCCUCUUUGUCUCUUUUCUGCAAGUCCACACCCCUCUUAUCACCACCGAGAAGUUCGCUGGGAGGAGUCUCCAUGGGCCGUACGGCGACAACACAGAGGAGAUGGACUGGAUGGUGGGGCAGAUACUUGAUACUUUGGACGUGGAAGGUUUGACCAACAACACCCUCGUUUAUUUUACAUCGGAUCACGGGGGAUCCUUAGAGGCUCAACUCGGAAACAACCAAUAUGGCGGCUGGAAUGGGAUCUAUAAAGGUGGCAAAGGCAUGGGAGGCUGGGAAGGUGGGAUCCGAGUUCCAGGAAUAUUCCGGUGGCCCGGGGUGCUGCCGGCCGGCCGGGUGAUCCACGAGCCCACCAGCCUGAUGGAUGUUUUCCCCACUGUGGUCCAGCUGGGGGGCGGCCAGGUGCCCCAGGACAGGGUGAUUGACGGCCGGGACCUGCUGCCCUUGCUGCGGGGGACAGCGCGGCACUCCGACCACGAGUUCCUGCUGCAUUACUGUGGGAAGUUUCUGCACGCAGCCCGGUGGCAUCAACGGGACAGAGGAGCAGUAUGGAAAGUCCACUACGUGACCCCGGUGUUCCAUCCAGACGGAGCUGGCGCCUGCUACGGGAAAGCGGUCUGCCCGUGCUCAGGGCACGGAGUAUCCCGGCACGAUCCACCUUUGCUCUUCGACCUCUCAAGAGACCCUUCCGAGGCCCACGCCCUCACGCCGGACACGGAGCCCUCAUUCUAUCAGGUGAUGCAGAGAGUCGGGAAGGCCGUGGAGGAGCACCGCCGGACGCUCGGCCCCGUUCCACUGCAGCUGGACACGCUGGACAACGUCUGGAGGCCGUGGCUGCAGCCCUGCUGUGGCCCAUUCCCCCUCUGCUGGUGUGAUCAGGAAGGUGACGGAAGGUGAACGCCUGCCCGGGACAUCUGGGUCCCCGAGUCCUGCAGUUAUGCCCUGGGGUUGAAAAUAAAACUCUGCUGUAAAGUUACGUCAUCAGCUUGUGUGGGGCUGAACAGUUUCACCAAUUCGAAGAGGAACAGGGAAGACGCACAGGGGUCUCCGGUCUAGGGAGACAGAGGCUCUCUGUCCCCAUAAAGAGCUCAAGUCCCCAGACAAGGUGUUUCCAUGUCAUAUGGAUUUGCAGACCAACAGCAGGUGGGCACAGAGGUAGCAGCUGUCCCCCGCUACGGUGUGGCCGGGGCCAAAUUAAAGAGCGUAGGUGUAUCAUUUUCAACAUCGAUGAAGACAUUUCAAAUUAGAACUGUCGACGCAAAUAAAUCCAAAAUCAAUUAUAAAUCCAAA